AACCAAUGCGACCAAACGUUCAGUCGACCGCACAAUCUCAAGUCGCACCUAGCGACUCACUCAAACGAACGAUCGUACGAGUGCGAGGAAUGCCAUCAUCAAUUCCGACGACAUCACGAUUUAAAACGACAUCAGAAGCUACACACCGGUGAAAAACCUUAUAUAUGUGCAAUAUGUAUGCGAUCGUUUGCUCGAUUGGACGCGCUCAAUCGCCAUCAACGCGCA